GCUCGUGAGUGUAGAAAAUACAGACGACCAAAGUGUUGCGUUCCUAAAACUAUAAUGGACAAAAACGACCAAAAUAGUGACUAACAGGCAUUUUAUUUUGUAAAAGCUGCCAAACUAACACUGGGUAACACUUGAUGAUAAUUAUUCAAACAAUCAAAAACCAAAACCUCACAAUCUAAAACACGUUGGAAAAAGCAAAAAAGAAAUGUACGCAUGGAAAUAAACCAAACGCCCGGAGGACAGAGACCUGAGCUGAAACCGUCAUUCUUGUUUUAACAGGUUAUAUAAUCAGCUGUCACCAAAAUGCAAUAAAGUCCACAGUGCUACUCUAUGAUUAUAAGUACUUAGAGCUAAUGUUGAGUGUAAGAAGGAAUUUAGAAACACAUUAGUCCGCAUACUGAGAGUGUUGAUUUUGUCCGGUUUCCAGGCUGAAUGUGAAAUUCGACCACAGAUGGAGGAACUUGAGUUCAAACUGUCAGACUUUGAGCAGUUUUCCAUCACUUCUCUCUGAAUCGGUUUCUUCUUCCUGAUCUGUUUCCUCCCUCUCUCACCUCUGUCCGUCCACAGAUCAAUCCCUCCCCCUUGUCUCUUUUAUUUUCACUCCCCUCUCUCUCUCCGCUCACAGGCUGCAGUGAUGCACCAGCUGUAUGGACUCCACAUCUCCUCCUCCUCUUCUUCUUCUUUAUCCACCUCCACAGCGAUGUCGGGACUCUGGGGGGACCGGCUGUAGCCCGGGUUGAGAGCUCUAGAUGUGAAGGUAAGACGCAGUAGGGUAGACAAAACUGUAGAAAACUCCUCAAGAGUUUCUGUUUUUUUGUUCUUGAGCAAUCAGCGCUGCUAUACAUCACUGACUUCAGAUGCCGGUGCGAGGUACGGUCUCAUUAGGAGAAGUUAUUCCUGGAAGCAGCGAGGGCGUCUGGGUUGUCUCUCUCUCUUUUCACAGUUUGGGUGAUUGACUCAAACUCAAACACUGCUUAACUUGACGUCUUCCUCUUGAUGUGUCGCUUCCUAAAACUUCUGAGAAAGAGACGUUUGUCAUCAUAACGUAUUUCCACAGACUUCUUCUGGAUCCUGUCUCCCUGAAAUCAUCGACACAGGUCUGGAAUUUGGCCCUUAAGCAAAUAUUUGAAGCUCAUUUUCCUACAUUAAGUGUGACUCUCUCCAUGAUCUAUUGUAUGAUCUUAAAAGCUGUCCAAGCUUUCACUUGCUUCCUAAAAAGCAUGUCAUGUGAAACAGCCAUGUAAUAUUUGCACCAUGACGCCGGCAGCAUCCUUUAUCUGGUGGCAGCUCUGUUGUUUCAGGUGCACAGUCUCUUGAUGAAUAAUUAAGAGGACUCAGUGGAGCAGAGAUAAAGUUCAGUCCAGUGUCCUGGGCACUGAACCCCCUGCAGAGCCUCGUCCUCUAGCCCCCAGCUGCAUCUGAACCCUGGGAACAAAAUCCACAAUAAUCCCUUAAUCAGAAACAUGCAUUCCCGCGCUCCGGUCCUGUUUGAAGUCGAUGUUUUUGUGGGGAAUCCUCGGAGGACUCUGAUCAGUCUAUUCUGUUUUCACGUCAAUAUAUCUGAUUUCCCAGCGGAAACUGUCUGAGAGCGGACUUCAUCAAACACCUCUCGAGGUGAAAAUGGUCAAUUCCCACUUUGAAUCUGCAGCAGCAGCUCGGGGAGUGACCCAUGAUUAGAAAACCUCAGAGAGAAUCAAGUCUGAUGAGGAGAAAGGAGACGAGACACAGGCCAGGAUGUGAUUUGCUGCUUUUGUGACGGAGAAGGACUUAAAGAAGUGGCUGCUGGGAGAUUGAUCGCCGUUUUGUAAAAUAACGGCUCCCCUGUGCCGUGUUUUGCAGACGCCUCCUCCUCUAUAACGAUCAUCUUUCUCUUUCACUGCUGGUCCUGAGGUGAGGCUCGUGUGGAGACGGAUCAGGUGUCUGGCUGAGGCGUAACACCGCCCACGCAUGUCUGCAGCAGCCAAUGCAGUUUUUGUUUAGACGCCAAAAAAUCCUGUUUUUUAAUCAUUUAAAGUCCGUGUUUAGUUUCUAGAGUCUGAAGGGGAAAUGUUGUUACCUGAUAGAAAAUUUCACCUGCUCAACAGUUCAGGGUCUCAUUUAUCAUGAGGUUUGUGUCAUGAUGCUCCAAAUGUUUUCAAUAAGAUAUCAGUCCAGGUCUCUUCUCCUACAGAGCCAUGCUGUUGAAUGUGGUUUGGGAUCAUUUGAAGGUCUUCCCUGAAAAAGUGUUUGUCUGGAUGGACGCAGAUGUUUCUCCGAAACCUGGAGAUGUUGUCCAAAACUGAGGAUGCAGCAUCUAUGAUUUCUAGUUCUUUGUUGAAAGGACAACUGGACUUACUUGGGACAUCCCAAGUAAGUCCAGUUGUCCUUUUUAAAAGAGUGUUAGAUUUUGAUUCAUCAGACUUCAGGACAGUUAGCCAGUAUACCCAGUAAGGCACCCAGAGACCCCUGCCCCACGCCCCCGUAACCCCGUAACAAAAACAGAGUAGAGGAGUAGCGUUCGUCUCGUCUUUUGAAAAAGCAGCGCGUCCAUCAUGUCGGACAAAAACAACGCUGUUCGAUGCUCCAUCUUCUUGUUUCUCCAAAAUGCCCAGCAGCAGUUGUAGACACUUCUGACGUCUGACACCGACCUGCUGUUGUUGUUGACGGUUGGAUGGGGUCACUUUGUCUGAGUCCAUCUUAAAGGAGUUCAGGUCCAACGUUUCUGGAUCAUGUCCUCACAAGUUUCCUCUUUCCAGUUAAAACCUCAUUUGUGGAUUCAACAAAAUGUGCUCUUGGUAGAACUUUGAGCCCAUGCGGUGACUUCCACUACAGAGUCCUGUCUGCUUUAGAGCCAGCACCCCUGAAUCUGAAUCUUUGAACAAUAUUAUGAUGAAAUCCACUCAUUCGAACUGUGAGCUCACGCAGUCUCUCACAGAGUCCUGAACCUCUUCCAUCUUUCCUUCCGAGAGACUCGACCUCUCUAAAUCUCCGUCUGAGAUCUGGUCAUGUGACUGACCUUUUGGACAUUAACGGUAUUCAUUCGUCGAUGUUCCUCUGACUGUUUUUUUUUUGGAAUUAGACUUUUUCACUCUUUUGUCAUCCCCGUCCUGGAAUCAAAUCAUCCCUUCAGUUCAGCUGUUGUUGGUUUAAUGUCAGAUAUUUAUGUUUCUAACUGAGCAGACGAGCUAAAAAGCCACUUUAACCUCUCCAGUGUAAAUAUUUGUUUUGUUUUUGAGCAGGACAAACUUUAAAUCCGUCACCUUUGGCUUUUUGUUUUCAGACUUUGUGAACCAAACAGACGCAGAAAGGAUGCUUUUAAAGACUUAAACUUAAGCUGCAGAUCAUAAUAUAUGUUCAUUACAUAACGGCGCAGUUCCUCUGCAUUAACUCUUCUGCAGGGAGAGCGAGUUUUUUUUCCACCCUGAGGUCAAACGCUGAAGAAAUGAGCGUAUAUCUGUCUGCUCUUCUGCUCUCUACAAGUAUAAAUAGCAGAAAGGACAUCCGAUCUCAUCAUGUGUGAUGAUGUUACACAACAACGCGAGGGUUUGAUGGAUUAAAUACACGGACGCAGAGUUAAACAGUAAGAAGUAAAGUUUAAGAUCAAACUCUGAGCUCAUGUUUCUUUAAUUUAUGAGCUGGAGUCAUUCAGAGUCUGAAGACUUCUUAUCACUGCACGUAUCACGGCUCAGCUGAGCGGCGAGAAAAUAUUUUAGAGACAGGACCGAUACGAGAGAGUGAUGUUAAACCCUGACCUCGUUUUACCCUGAAUGGUGAUGCAAACAAAACAGAGCGGACGUCAAAUACAUCGACGGCUCUGAGUGACGUUUGGAUCAGGACUGGAACUUCUCUUAGCAAGCCGCUUUUACACAAACGCACCCCAGGAACCCCUUAGCCAAAGUUAGCAUCCACAACUGCAGGGGCUCAUCCAGGGGUGGAGACAGGGGUGCCAUAGCCCCUGAUAGACGACCCCAAACCCUAAAAAUUGAUUGGUUACUUCCAGGUUCUCAAAUAAAUAGUUGAAGAGUUUCUGUAGAUGGGUUAACUCUCUCUGAUACGUUCAUGAAACUUCUCGUUUUACCUGAAUAUGCACAAACCUUCCUACUUUGAGGGGCGGCAUCGAUCAAUGAGCCACUUUUAGACGUUUGGGAUGAGAUGUGGUCGACUUCAGUCCGCUAACUUUCUCGCUGACCAAACUUCCCCGUCAUUCACGAAACAUAAAGUUUAUUUCCAGGAGCUUCAGGAGCUGGGACCCCCGCUGAAGGAAAAUUUAAUCCCCCGGCUGUUUCAGAAAAGCUAUGAGGCGGCUCUUAACCUGAAUUACAUCAUCGAUCAUGAUGAUUGCUUUUCGAUCCGCGCGCCCGGCGAGUUUAUGAAGCCGAGGUGAAUCAGGGCAGCCGAGCGUUCAGAUAUUCCUCAGUUUUAUGGUCACAUUCCUGCUGCGGCUCAUAAAAUGUGCACAUGGCACAUAAAUACUUUUUACAACGGCUGAAUCUAAAUAUGAACAAACGUCGGAAGUAGAAAAGCGCCCAGCUGGCGUCAUGAGCCCCGGUCACAGCGACCGGCUGAAGGCGGCUCCAUGAUGGUGUUUACGUUGGUUAGGCAUCUACAAACGGUGGAGAUAAGACAGUCCAAAUAGAGCUCCAUCACGCAUGAGCGGAGGAAACCAGGAGAGAAAAACAGGAUGGAGGUGAAAAGGUGAGACGAGGAGACGGGAUGGUAAUGAGUAAGGAGAGGGUGGAGGGCGCCAGGGUCAUCGCUGACCGUCCAUCUGCUGUUGUGGACCCGAAGUUUAAUGGACUGAGUCCAAACUCGGAGGUUUGACUGACUUUUGGUUUUCACAGAUUAUCUUAAAAACAGCAAACAGAUCAGGAGAGCAAACAGCGUCGAGGUCGGCCCGACGUAAAAUCGGAGACAAACAACCAACAGCAGGAGUCAGGUCUUCAUGGAGACCAACAGGAGAGACCAGGACGCCAACCCGGUCUGUCCACGGAGGGAAAAUACUGAUCUGAGAAACAGCUACAGAAUCAACAUUUAAUAAACAACUUUUCAUUUUUAAGAGAUGUUUCAUAAUCUCUUAUUAACGACUUUUAAUGGUUCAAUUUAAAUAAUGAUUAACUUAGUGGAUAAAAGACUUUUUAAAUAAGACGACUGACAUCUUGAGUUUGAACGAAAGCUGAUUAAAUUUUUUUUUUAGGUGGAACUGAAAACCUAAAAUUUUCAGAAUUCAGAGGAAAGAGUCAGAACUUUGAGUAAAGACGUUUUUUUAUUUUCCAACUUUUUACCUAAAUUUGGACUUCUUCCUCUGAUUUCUGUCUUUCAUUAUAUUUCUCCUCAGACUCUCUUUUAUUAGGAUUUAAGGUUCUUUUUCUCCAGAAUUUUGACAAAAAAUUCAGAAUUAUGAGGUUUUUUUUACCCAAAAAUUCUGACUUGAAUUUCCCAGAAUAUUUUGAUCAAAGUCGGGAUCACGUCCUCAUUCUUCCAUCUUGUUUCAGUGUUAAGACUUUUUCUGAGUCCUGAAUUUGUUUUCUCAGACUUUCCCUUUUUUUUUUUUUUAAUUCUGACCCAUUUUUCUGACUUUAGACUUUUCUUUUGACUUUUUUUCACUUUGCUUUUUUUCUAAAAUUUAAUUUUUUCCUUCAAUUUCCUUCAAUCUUUUCCUCUGAAAUUCAACUCUCAUCUUGAUAUUUAGUUGUUUUUCUCUGAAUUCUCAAUAUUUCCAAAUUUUUGACUCAUUUCAGGAUUUUGUACUUUUGCAGAAAUGUUCAACGACAGGAAGAAUUCUGACUUUUCCUCAGAUUUCAGACUUUUCCCGGACAGAAAACCAUAUAUUCAAGUAUUCUAUUUAAUUUCCCUUCAGGGACCAAUAAAGUCAUCUAUCUAUCUAUCUAUCUAUCUAUCUAUCUAUCUAUGUUAUUAGUGUAAAAUGUUUUUACUGACUCUGUGCGAUGUCUACUUUUUAGGUUAUAAUCUAACAUGAACUCAUCUCUGAUUUCUCUCUUUCUGAUUUGUAGGCGAAGUACCUCGGUCAUGAUCGACUGGCCCAAUGUGACAGAGUCCGGCUACGAGGAGCUGGGCCAGAACCCCGAGGAGCUGCAGAGGUCCACAUGUGUCCUGGGCUUCUUCCCCGUCAUCUACUACAGUAUUCUGCUCUGUGUCGGAGUUCCAGGUAGACCCUCAUUUUCAAUUUCUGCCUCUGAAUCCAACUCUGUUGUUCUGUAAUUGACUUGGAGGAAUAUUUUAAGGUCAGAGUAUCAAGUGAAACGCUCUCCAUGAUUUUAUUAGGAUCAUUCUCACUGAGCCGCAGCCUCAGUGUAAAGCGAGCGGUUUGAGUUGAUAUCUAUUUAUAAGGGAGAGCGAGGAGCACACAGAGAAAUCAAUGAGCGAGUGAAUUAGAGGAGCAUCAUGGUGUCCUAAUGGACCUGAGAGGCGGUUCAUCACUGGAGCUGUCGGCAGCUCCUCUCGCAGGAUAAUCGAAUAAUCAGAUUAUUGUGGGAUCACUCUGUUUGAGUUUAUUAGAGCGAACUCAUCCAGAGACUUCUCAGGACAAAAUCCAAGAUAAGUUCAUAAUAAUUAAAGUUAUCGUCACUGUGAGUCCUCUCUCAUUAUCGUUGUUUGUCUUGGAGUCGGUGACGGUGUUUGGUAUUGAUCCAGCAGGGAUUUAGAGUGAGUGUUGAUCAAUAAAAUCUUCGGACAGAUCUUUUAAUUAUCCCCACCGGGAGUAAACACAAAGAGAGUCGGAGUAAACGGCUGUUUCGCCUGAAUGAUCCGCAGAGCAGCAGAACAAUCAUCCUGCUGUUUUUAAAAAUUGAUUACUGUAAAUGAAAGAACCCAAACUGAAUGAUCUGCUGCAGGAAAGAAAAAUCAAUAGUUUGUAACUUAAACCGCUGAGUCGGCGUUUUUCUGCACCAAAACCUUGAAAAGGUUCAGUUAUGUAAUCUCGCUGACCACGGCGACAUCAGUGAGCGUCUCGGGCUUCCAACACAGAUACAGAUUCUUUUACACAGUCCUGUAGAGUCUACUUGGGGAAACGGCGCUCAGGGCGACGUCUUUAUUCCAGAGUUUUUCAACGUUUUUUGAAGCACGGUGCAUUUUUUACAUCGACAAAAUCCUGGGGCACACCACCAACCAAGAUGACACUCUUUAGCCAAACACAGUUUAUAUUAUAGAAUGUAGGGAUGCACUGAAAUGAAAAUUCUUGGCCAAAACCAAAAAUGAGGAAAAAAGACCAAAAACCAAAAGAAAUAAUUACGCCAAUUAUUAGGACCAUUGCAUUUAUGGUGAUGACUGUGCACUAAUCUUACUAAAACUUACUUUUACUUUACUUACUUUUAAUUUAUGCAAUUGCAAUGUGAGUUUUGAGUUCUGAGUGGAUUACACCUUGAGAUGGCGCUUGUGAGUCAGGGACAAAAACAACUCAAAAGCUGUUGUGAGCGGUAGAGACGCGGCGAGAACAAAAAGUAGUGUCAGUAAAUUUACUGUCAAGCAGUCGAGAGCGAGAGCCGAGCAUGAGUCUGAAAUGUUGGUUUUUGUUAAAUCGAUAAAAGUGAGAAGAAGUGAAACUUGCCCCAGCGGCUGCAACAUCCGGCGCAGACAGAGUGGGCGUGCUCGGAGGGGUUUUCCCGUUCCGUGCCGCGUUCAUCUCAUAUUCAGAACGGUGAUCGGGAUGUUUGAAUAUCAGGUGAUAAAUUAAACCCGACGUGAAGAAACUCUUUGCAGAUGCACCUUCUCUUGAGAUAUUAGCAAUAAAUGCUAUGCUAGUCACCAUUCGUAGUUCUGAGAUACAUAGUAACACGUCCACACCGCUGACAUUUUGGCUCUUAUCCAGACAAGUGCGUACUCUUCACGGUUUUCGCUUGUGUCAUCACAACAUCUGUUUCGUCCGAAAACCAAAAACGCACUUCUGAGCAAUUUUCAGUGGCCAAAUUUUCGGUUUCUAAAUUUAUAGCUCACUUUAUAACCACGCAGACUUUCGGCAAUGAGGUAUUAUUUGCAAAUUGGAUAAUUUCCCACGGCACACCUGAUGAUCUUUAGCGGCACGGCACACAGAUUGAAAAUGACUGUAUUAUUCGCCACCACGCCACGGUAAAGCGUUGACCAGCUCAGACUCUUCUUGAACGUUCAUUUAAAUUUGAUUUUUUUCUCCAUUUUACUCUUUAAAUCUUUAAAACUUUCUUUGUUUUGUCUCUUUUUCCGUCAGUGAACAUCCUGACGGCGGUGGCGUUAUCCAGACUGGCGUGCCGCACGAAGAAAGCUCUGUACUACUACCUCCUGGCGGUGACGGGCUCGGAUAUCCUCUCUCAGCUCUUCAUCAUCUUCGUCGGCUUCCUCUUAGAGACCGCGGUAUUCCACCGGGACGUCCCCGCCCUCCUGCUGCACUCUGUCAGCGCCGCGGAGUUCGCCGCCAACCACGCCUCCAUCUGGUCCACCGUGCCCCUCACUGUGGACCGCUACGUCGCACUGUGCCACCCCCUCCUCCACCGCCAGAUCAGCUACCCGGCGCGGGCGAGGAGGAUCAUCGCGGCGGUGCUGAUGUUGUCGCUGUUGUCAGGUGUGCCGUUCUUCUGGUGGUCGGACAUGUGGAGGAACAGCCACCCGCCCACGGCGCUGGACACCGUCCUUAUAUGGACGCACGUGACGAUCAUCUACUUCCUGCCGUGCAGCAUCUUCUUAGUCCUGAACUCUCUGAUCAUCCACACGCUGAGGGUCAGGCAGAGGCAGCAGCGUUUCGAGGACGACUGCGCCUCCAAGUUGGCGCCUCCUCGUAGACUCGGGAAAACGACGGCGAUGCUCCUGGCCAUCACCUCUGUGUUCUCCGUGCUGUGGGCGCCCAGGACCGUGGUGGUCAUCUACCACCUGUACGUGUCCUCGGUGCACAGCGACUGGCGAGUCCACCUCGCCUACGACUUAUCGAACAUGCUGGCCAUGCUCAACACGGCCGUGAACUUCUUCCUCUACUGCUUCGUCAGUAAACCUUUCCGUGGCGCCGUGCGGGAAGUCGUGCUGCUCAAAGGGGGUCCGCUGUACCCACGCCGUGCUAUGCCUCCGCAGCACGCCCCCACCAACGCCUCCAUCUCCUCGUUGUACAGUGGGAACAACAAGCGCUCACAGCGGGACUCCGCUCCCUUGUCACCUCACGGCGCUCGAAAGCCCUCGUGACCCCGCGCCUCUUCCUCCCUUUAAUCAAAAACACCCGUCAUCCCACGGUCCCCGAGCAACUCUGACCCCAGGGACGCACUCUGCGUUCCCGCCAUGACUGUGGACAUCUGCCAGCGGGCCCCGGGUCUUUCUCAGAGGGCCUCAGACGAACUUUAAAGACAUUUGUUCGUUUCGUAACGUGUCAGCUGGUGUUUUUAGUUCGUGUAAAUCAGACGAGACGACAACAUAUUUAUUUUUCUUAGAAGAAUUUGACCAAAUAAAAGUCGUUUUUUUUUUAUAUCUUUGUUUUUUCCAAACAUGGUCGCCAAGUCAGGAGAUGUUUUUAUAGAGUUAUAAGAUUUACACAGCUGUACGAGCGAAAAGGGGUUUGAAUUCAUCGAGAGAAAGCAAACGUGACCUUGGAUUGGUGCAAAUUUUCUGGUCGUGACCUUUCUGCUGCCGAGUCUAUUUUAACUUCUCUAAAAAAGCAGCAGCGAGGGAGAAAUCAGAGCUUAAAUCACGGCUGUCUGCUGUUUCUGCUUUUCUGUAACGACGCUGAACGCCCAAAAGCCAAUCUGCUUUUUCUGAGCGCGGCCAAUCGAGCAAAGAAAUCGCACUCUGCGCUCCCAGACACAAAAACCCACAGCUGCUAAAGCGGAGUGUUUAUUUUUCAUGAAAUUCAACUGGAUGGAGCCUGAAAUGAAAGCUCGCUGUCGGAGCGGCGGGAGUGAAGACCCCGCUCUUUAAACAGCCCCUCCGCUCCAUCAGCGGCACGGCGCGGCCUCUGCCUAAACAAACCUCAGAUUAGCCUGAUGGUGUGCACAAACACACACUGAAACUCACACACUGUCAGGCGUGCAGCGACGCUGACACACACACACACACACAGAUGUCAGCUGGUAGAUUUCCAUCUGCUCUGACAGGAACCCUGACUAAAAUAUGAUGAAAUGACGUAUUUUUAGCUCGUUUUAAGGUUUUAGAGUUGAAUUAAUAAUCCGACGCUGACGUGUUUACAUUCUACAUUUUUGAUUAGCGCCCUCUGGAAAAGUGAGUACGACUUUUCACUUUGUUUUCCUCUCUAACGGCUCGUCAUGUGAGGCUAGUUUAGACCUGAAUGUGGUCCGUUUACCUGGUGCUGUGGAGUCCAGAGUGAGGUUUUAACAUUUGUGGUAAAGUCUGAGAUUUGUCGGUGCUUGUUCGGUGUCUGGAGUUGUAAUUGUUGAAUUUUAACCCAGUUAAUGACAAACUUUCAUGUAUCUUUGAUCUUUUGAAUUUUGGGGUCUAAAAACACAUUUUAACUUGAAAAACUUAUUCAGUGUGUCAUAAGAAGAUGUAAUUUAGAUGGAAAAAUAUCAUACUAAAACUCAUUUCUACUUUCUAUUAAAGAACCUGAUUAAAGCUCCUGUGAGGAACUUUUGGUUUGUGUCCACUCUGGCGCCCCCUGUGGACAAGACAGUCACUUAUAUUAUAAAAAGAUUCAUCCAACUAAAGUCCGUUCAGUCUGGUCAUUUCAUGUGAAAUUUGUGAAUUGUGUUUUUAAUAUCAUGAAAAAUCAUCGUUAGGAAUUUUGGUCCAUUUCACUAACAUGGAAAAACUCCUCACAGGAGCUUUAAAAAAAAUAAAAAUACAUACAAAAUGUGGAUAAUAUGUAAUAUGUUGUAUGUUUCUUACAAGAAAGUGGUUUUUAAAAUGGGCAGAAAUGAUUUCAACAACUGAACCAGUUAAACACUUAAUCUUGACACUGAAAUAAACUUUUAGAAACUGUGAAAGUGAACUUUGUUUUGCACAGAUUUUUGAGAUGUUAGCUCGACUUUUAGUUCGUCUUGGACAGAAGAUAUUCUCUGAAAAAGUUUAAUAAAAAGUUUUGAAAAAUAAAGAAAGUUGUUUUGAUAAUUGUUGUGAAG